UUGGGUCGUCGCUCCUUCAGUCCUCACCGCCUAAUAUAUACCUCCUGAAGCUUUCCCCUUCACAGAUUCUUCGUUCUUUUUUUCGAUCUCUUCCCUCCUCUUGGGUCUGGGAUCCAAUUCGCUUGCUCCCUCUCCCUUUUCGUUAAACUCAAUUUAUUUCUCGCCUCUUAACUUCAAUUCUCUCCAUUUCUCCUCCUAAAUUCUCUUCCCCUUCGUUACCCUCGCGUCAAUCUCGAUUCCCAGCUCUCCUUUCGCAAGAGUUAUUGGAUUUUCGCUAGAGUUGUUGGAUUUUCUCAACCUUGGCCCCCUAAUGGGAAUUGGCUUCUAGGGUUUUUUUUUUUCAAUUUUUUUGGGGAUCUUUUUGGGUUUGGAAGAUGAUUCCAUGGGGGGAUUGGGCUGCUGCGUGAGUGCAGCUGCUCUAUAUCUCCUGGGAAGGAGCAGCGGAAGGGAUGCCGACGUUCUAAGGUCGGUCACCAGGGUAGGCCAAUUGAAGGAUCUCCGGUAUAUGUGCAAUGUGGAUCAUAAAAUUCUUCCUCCUUUUAUUGUCACUGGUUUCUUGGACCAGUAGGGCUCAGAAACACCGAUCAGCUGUGAACAAAGUGGUUUGAGAGCUGUAAUACUUGAGGAAAUGGCUGAACAGCACUUCUUGAAGCAUAAUGAUGCUGGUUCAUGGAUACAAGACUCUGCUUUGAUGCUUUCCAUGAGUAAAGAGGUUCCCUGGUACCUGGAUGAUGGGACUGGACAUGUGUAUAUUGUUGGGGCUCGAGGUGCUACUGGCCUGGUGUUAACCAUUGCUAGUGAAGUUUUUGAAGAGUCAGGGCGAUCCCUAGUGCGGGGAACUCUAGACUAUUUACAAGGUCUCAAGAUGCUUGGAGUCAAGCGAACAGAAAGGGUUCUUCCAACUGGUACUUCUUUGACUGUGGUUGGUGAGGCCAUUAAAGAUGAUGUUGGAACACUUCGGAUACAGCGACCUCAUAAGGGACCGUUUUAUGUGUCCCCAAAAAAUAUCGAUGAACUCAUUGCAAAUCUCGGGAAAUGGGCUAGGUGGUACCAAUUUGCUUCAAUGGGAUUUACAUUCUUUGGUGUUUAUCUGCUUGCCAAGCGUGCACUUGAGUAUAUUCUAGAGAGAAGGCGACGCUGGGAAUUGCAAAAAAGAGUUCUUGCUGCGGCAGCAAAACGACAAGCACGAGAAGCUGAAGAAGCAGAUGAGGAUUCUGAAGAAGUAUCAGAUAACAUGAAGAAGGACCGAUUGAUGUUGGACAUAUGUGUAAUAUGCCUCGAGCAAGAAUACAAUGCCGUUUUUGUUCCAUGUGGGCACAUGUGCUGCUGUACGACAUGUUCUUCACACUUGACCAACUGUCCGCUCUGCCGCAGAAGAAUUGAUCAAGUUGUAAAGACAUUUCGCCAUUGAAACUAUUACAAGUUGGUGGUUUAGAGGUAGGGCUUGAUGUUGUUGUACUUGUUUAAAACAGUGAGACUUCCAGCCCUUAUCUUUGGGGGCUGCUUGAGAUGUUAGCUUCUGUCACAUACUGUCAACCACAGAAUUCAGUUUGCUGGCUCAUCAACCGACCACAAUUCGCCUUCAGAAAAAUUUUACACAUUCUUAGGUGGCAUGCUAGCCUUGAAAACUUCAGAUUGGCUUAUGAAAUGUGAAACAACCAACAAUGUUAAAUUUGUAAAUAAUGAGAUUUUUUGUUUUGUUAAUUUCUGAUUACUUCUUUCUUAGCCCUCUUAA